CCAUUAGUAAAUCAAUAUUAAUAUGUAAGUUUCCAAGGUCGCUCUUGGGUAUGAUGGUAGCAAUAUGACUAAAUGGAGUUGCGGUGGUAGUUUGAUCAGCUCGAAAUUCGUUUUAACCGCAUCCCAUUGUUUGCACAGCAAAGAUUUCGGUCCGGUGAAGCACGUGAGCAUAGGAGAUUUGGAUAUAAGUAGUAUCGAAGAUGACGCAUAUCCGCAGUACUUUAAAGUACUCAAAACUUACAAACAUCCUCAGUACAAACGACCGAAAAAAUAUCACGAUAUUGCUAUAAUAGAGUUGGAUGGGUCUGUAAAUUUUUCUGAAUACGCAUAUCCCGCUUGUCUGAACAUAAAUAUGACCUCACCGAAAUCCUUCAUAGCCACUGGUUGGGGUUUGUUGUCUUUCUUUGGGAAUUCCUCGAAUCACCUGCAAAAAGUUACCAUUUUCGAAGUCAACAACACGGAAUGCAACAGAAAUUACGGUGCUAAUUUAAGAACGCUGCAGGAGGGUAUUGAUGAAAAAACACAAAUUUGUGCUGGUGAUCCUGGAAAGGACACCUGCCCGGGAGAUUCUGGAGGACCGCUGCAAACUAAACACCAUUCUAAAUUGUUCCCUAAUUACUAUAUUCACGGGGUCACAUCAUUCGGAAAAGCUUGUCUUUUGACCAACAGUCCCGGUGUUUAUACGAGGGUCGCAAAUUACAUAGAUUGGAUUGAAAAUAUUGUUUGGCCAGAAACCAUAUAAUGACAGUAUUAUUGGAUUAUGACACUGACACAAGCUUCAUAUUUUUUUUAUAUUAGAUUUAUUUUCUCUGAAAUUUUAAUGUUUAUGUGAAUAAAUCAAGUUAAAAAUAUGUAUAUGACAAAUUUGCUUUAGGCAUAAG